AUGAGUAGCAUUCAUAUCACUCUUUCUUUUCUCUUCUUGUUCAUUUUUAAUCUUCAAGACCUGUUUGCGGCUCCUACUAGACACCUGUGUCGUCCUGAGCAAAGGGAUGCCCUUCUCGAGUUCAAGAACGAGUUUAAGAUUCGGAAGCCUUCUUUUCAUGACUGUUAUAUUAAUGGCAGCUAUGUAAAUGUAAGCUCUUAUCCGAAGACGGAGUCGUGGAAAAAUAACAGCGACUGUUGUUAUUGGGACGGUGUCAAGUGCCAUGCCAAGUCAGGGGAAGUGAUCGAGCUAGACCUCAGUUGCAGCUGCCUCCAUGGCAGGUUACAUUCGAAUAGCAGUCUUUUUAGGCUUCAAAACUUUCCUUCUCUAACCACUCUACACCUUUCACAAAAUCAUUUAUCUGGUCAGAUUCCGUCUAUAAUUGAAAACCUUUCUAAUCUCACCUCUCUCGACCUUUCUGCUAAUCAGUUUUUUGGUCAGAUCCCAUUUUCACUUGGAAAUAUUUCUCAUCUCACCUCUCUCUCUCUUUCUGGUAAUCAGUUUUCUGGUCAGAUUCCAUCCUCACUUGGAAACCUUUCUUAUCUCACAUCUCUCCAGCUUUCGGGUAAUCAGUUUUCUGGUCAGAUUCCGUCUUCAAUUGGCAACCUUUCGCAUCUCGCCUAUCUCUUUCUUUCUUAUAACAGUUUCGUUGGUGAAAUCCCAUCUUCUUUUGGUAGUUUGAACCAGUUGACCAGGUUAUUUGUUGAUUCCAAUAAGCUCAGUGGUAACUUUCCCAUUCUAUUACUAAAUUUGACAAAGCUGUCCUUUCUAUCACUCUCCUCCAACCAGUUCACAGGAACGCUUCCUCCAAACAUCACCUCACUCUCCAACUUGGAGUAUUUUUUCGCAGAUGGCAACAGUUUCGUUGGAAGCCUUCCUUCCUCUCUCUUCACCAUUCCUUCUUUGACCACUAUAUAUUUGGGUAAUAACAACCUCAACGGCACUCUUGAGUUUGGGAAUAUAUCUUCACCAUCUCAGCUACAAGCUUUAGGCCUUGGAAAGAACAACUUCAGAGGGCCAAUCCCGAGAUCUAUUUCCAAAUUAGUCAAUCUUGAGACUCUUGACCUUUCCCAUUGGAACACCCAAGGCCCAGUUGACUUCACUAUCUUCUCGCACCUCAAGUCAAUCCAGAUUCUUACAUUAGCCCAUUUGAACACCACAUCUACGAUUGACUUGAAUGCAAUCUUAUCAUGUUUCAAGUCACUUGUUGCAUUGGCUCUCUGA